CUAGGUAUAGCUAAAUGAAAAGUGAACAUGAUCAUAAUUAAAAUUACACGUGCAAGUACAACAUAUAGAAAUCAAGCUAGUAACAAAACUGCAGAAAAAAAUAGUAUUUCUUUAAUAUCUGCAGGCAAAUUAGAAUUGGGUGUAUGUUUCAAAGGCAUUUUCGAAUGCCUUGAACUUGUGGCUUCAAAACUAGCCCUUGAGAAAACUUUCCGUAACCGCAUGUUGUCCAGCCAGCAGCCAGCCAGUCACCUUGCAUUAACUUUGCAAACGUACAUCGGUGGAGACGGCGGCCAGGGUUCGAAGACAAAUCCCACCCGCGAUGGCUUUUCACGCCAAUAACACGACCCGGGGCUCCAACCCCCCUUCCCCCCUCUGCACUCUAUCAGAUUAUCCUAAACCAGCUGACACGGGGCGAACAGGCGCUUUACGGGGGGCACGGGGGUCAGCGGUGGUGGGCAGCCGUCCUCCCCGCACGGUUAGCAGGGCAGCCGCGGUUAUUGUUCCAUGUGGCCUCGGUGGGUGGGCGGAUGGACGGUCCAUCCUGCCGCCUGUUGUUCGGCUCCUCCGCCAAUGAGAGCCGGGCUGCCGCUCAGCCGCGGUCCAAUGAGAGGAGUUGGGUAUGGGCUCGGGUCGAGAGUUGGGUUGUUCAAUCUGUGAUGAGGACAACAAGCUGAAUCUCAGAGUGUACCGGAUGGAUGGAUGUUGGCGAUGGUGAGAAUGAGUUGCUGCUUGGCUGCGGGACGUGUGUCCUAUCGCUGAGGCCACAUGUGCAUCUGGAGAGAUGGAUCGCUGUAAGCACGUGGGGCGUCUUCGUCUGGGCCAGGACCAUUCCAUCCUGAAUCCACAGAAAUGGCACUGCGUGGACUGCAACACCACCGAUUCAGUGUGGGCCUGCCUCAAGUGCUCCCACGUGGCCUGUGGACAUUUCAUGGAGGAGCACUCGCUCAAACACUUUCAGGAGUCACACCACCCACUGGCCAUGGAGGUGCGUGAGAUGGAUGUCUUCUGCUUUGCCUGUGGAGACUAUGUACUCAAUGAUAAUGCAGAAGGAGACCUCAAACUCCUCCGAGGGGCGCUCUCUACUGUGCGGUGUCCGGGCAGGCGCUCGCUUCGCUCCUCAGCCUGGGGGGGUUGCAGCCCCUGGGUCGGGGACGGAGGACCGCAGCCUGCCAUGCAGCUGGCCCUGCGCCACAGGAGGAAAGCCCUCCUGGGGAAGAUGCUCCGAGCGUGGAUGGGCAAACAUCAGCAGCUUCAGAAUCAGCGUAAAGAGAAACUGGAGGAAGAGAGGAGACAGAAGAAGGAGGUCAAAAGGCGGCUCAUGGAGGAGCUGGGCAGCGUCCCUCCCAGAAAGAGUGCUCGGCUUCUUACUCAGGCGCCACGUUCAACCAUCACGCUCAUUCCUCGCAAAUUCCGCGACCCUCCAGAACGCCUACCUCCUCCUCCUCCUCCUCCCAAGAAGCCUUCACUGCUCACCCUGUCCCGCAGAGCUCCUCAGAAUGGCAGAGCGGCUAAGCUGAGGCGGUACUACUCCACGCACGCGGUCACGCGGCGGAGACCCCCGGGCGUCACCGGCCUGCGCAACCUGGGGAACACGUGCUACAUGAACUCAAUACUGCAAGUGCUGAGCCACCUGCAGAAAUUCAGGGAGUGUUUCCUCACUUUGGAUCUGUGCGAGACUGAGGAGCUGUUAGCCAAGACCAAGCACUCCCAGGGGGUGAAGGGCAUGGCGGGGGGGGUCGUCACCAGUGGCAACACAGCGCUGUCAGAGGGCCCGCUCGGACGCAUGGGCAAGACGGGCUGUUGGAACUUGCCCGUGGGCAAAAAGGAAAGUGUCCCUCCGUCCCCACAAGCUGCAGAACUGGUCCAGCCCAAGGAGCCCCGCUGCUCCACCCGGCAGCAGAUGUCCCUCUGCCACGAGUUGCAUACGCUUUUCAGGGUCAUGUGGUCAGGCCGCUGGUCUUUGGUGUCUCCCUUCGCCAUGCUGCACUCCGUGUGGAACCUCAUCCCAGCUUUCCGCGGCUAUGACCAGCAGGACGCCCAGGAGUUCCUGUGUGAGCUGCUGGACAAGGUGCAGCAGGAGCUGGACACCGAGGGGUCCAAACGCAGGAUAGUCAUCCCCAUCACAAAGAGAAAACUGUCCAAGCAAGUGCUAAAGGUUCUUAACACCAUCUUUCACGGGCAGCUACUCAGCCAGGUGACAUGCCUGUCUUGCAAGCACAAGUCCAACACAGUAGAGCCAUUCUGGGAUUUGUCCUUGGAGUUUCCAGAGCGAUACCACUGCACAGACAAAGGCCUGGGCUCUACAGCGUACCAGCGUAGCUGCACCCUCACAGAGAUGCUGUCCAAGUUUACAGAGAUGGAGGCGCUUGAAGGCAGCAUCUACGCCUGCAACCACUGCAACAGCAAGUUCCUCCCCGGCCCAUCGCGCGGCUUUUCUGUUCACAUCCCGAAAACUAGAUGGUCGGGGCGGAACCAUAGGGAGAAAAUCGGCGUCCACGUGGCCUUUGACCAAGUUCUGAACAUCAGACCGUACUGCUGCACAGACUCAGGUCACUCUGUCCACAGAGGAGGCUUCACCUACGACCUGUCCGCUGUGGUUAUGCAUCAUGGCAAAGGCUUCGGCUCAGGGCACUACACCGCAUACUGCUACAACACAGAGGGAGGGUUCUGGGUCCACUGUAACGACUCUGAGAUGAAGGUGUGCAGUGUGGAGGAAGUGUGCAACACUCAGGCCUACAUUCUCUUCUAUACCCAGAGGUCUGCCUAGGUACCUGUCUUGCUGUGAUGUUGAUUUGUACCGAGCAACUGAGGGCUGCAUUUCUGAAAAAUGUUGUCUGAUGUUUUUCCCAGAUGUCAUCACUUUGAAAGGAUCUGCUGAUUUAAGGGGGGAAAAAAGAGCAGUGAGGGCAGAGGGAAAGCCACAAUCAUGAGUUGGGGAGAAAAAAUUUAGCAUUAUUAUCCAGAUAAAGAUAAUGACGGUGAGUCAUUGUGCCGUGCUAAACGGAACACAAACUUGAAUAGUGAUCCAAAAGCUGGAUUAUGUGUGAUCCUAUCUACAGAAGGAUACAGAAUCCUUUUUCCUGAAUGAGGCCACAGGUUUGUAGGGCCAGUUUAUGGGUUUAUGACCUGACGACUGUGGGUUUCAGGUCUGACUUUGUCCUGCUGAACACCGACUCGUGUGUCCAUGAUUUUGAACCACAAUCAGGCUCAUGUCUGUUGAGUCUUUAAACAACCAGGCACUCUCCUGAGACAACAUUUUACACGAUAAGGCAACACUGAUUCUGGAGUUUGGAAUGCAUUUGAUCCAAGUGCGCUAGAUAUUAAAGAGGUGCAUACUCCAGGAUAAUCACACAUCCAGGAGGAAUAGUCAUCAAACUCAAGUCCAAAGUCUGUGUUGCCUCCAGUUCAGCCUUUUUAAUUAUUGUAAAAUGUCAGUUAUGGAACCUUUUAAUACUCAUCCCUGUGUCAUUUGUAUCUCAUCUUUUCCUCUCCUCAAAUGUACUGCUGUGACUGAAUACUGUGUCUUAGGCUCAAGACUCUCAGUGAACAUAACUAGUUUUUGUUCUGUUUUGUUUGUAGUCACUCUGCUUCAGUUCUAUAAAAAAGGCAAGAAGUUCAAGAUUCAAACAUGAUUGAUGAUGAAUGAUGGGAAAGCUGCACUUUUAUGGAGGGGCUGUUGGUCCUACUGUACAUUUGGCUCCUGUGGCUUCUUGAAAUGGCGGCUCCUCCUUUGGUUUAGCAGUAGGACCGCUGUGUGGUGCGGUCAGAGGCGCCUUACCUCUGUCUGACCUACAGGAGAUGAGAAAUUAGUUUAAAAAAAGAAAAUUAAAAAGGGCGAGAGAAGAGGCCGAAGAAUGUUUUUUUGGGCAACGUGGAGUACCCAUUUUAAGUUGAGCACCUGAAAGCAAUAUAUUGUUCAUCCAUCAUGUUGACAGGAAAUCAAGAUAAAAUCAGGAAUUCUUCUGCUUGUUAUACAAUGUUUUUUUCUACUCUGCUGUUUCUAUCAAGGUCUUUAGAAUUUGCUAGGUAAUCAAGACAACUGUUGUGUUUGAUACGAGUCAAAUGCAAAAUACAUUUGUGAACUCUGUGAAAGUUGGAACAAUCUAAUGACGAUGAAUGUCUUACUUUAUAGAGGUCAGGUGUGGCCAUGCCACAGGCCCUGAUCCCCUUGAGUUCUGUCUUGUACUGUAAGAAUACCUGUCAUAAAUGUAUCGUUCGUAAGGGUUUUGCCUGACAGUAAUUAUUAAAAAGACAAAUUGAAUUUGAA